AAAUACCCUCACCCCUAGUUUCAGCCACUCCAGGAGAGUACGCCCAAUUUUUUUUAGCGUUGGUUUUACGGAGUAUUCCGUCUUAAAUACUUCGAGCCUUUGAGGCACGCUUCGGAAGAGCGAUCUCUCACCAUCGCACAAUUUCAUCGCGAAACCGUCGUCAACCUCUGAAUUUCAUCAUCGAUUGUUCAUCAUCUUCCUCAGUGUAUUUUAGCAUUGGAGCCAAUAACUGUUGGAUUGGAUUCAAGCGGAACGAUGUUUGGAUCAACUAACCCUUUUGGGCAGUUGCCCACCAGCCCGUUUGGUUCACAAUCGGCUUUUGGGCAGACAGGCAACAAUCCAUUUGCACCCAAACCUUUUGGAGGCACAACUCCUUUUGGCUCUAAUACUGGGAGCUCUCUUUUUGCUGGCAAUUCUACUGGUGUUUUUGGAGCAACACAAUCCUCUUCACCUUUAGGUUCCACCCAAACUUUUGGCGCAUCUUCUCCUGCCUUUGGAAGCACGACACCUGCACUUGGAACUUCAUCAACUCCUACAUUUGGUAAUUCAUCAUCAGCAUUUGGGAGUUCUCCACUGUUUGGGCAAAAGCCUGCUUUUGGUGGCUUCGGAUCGAGCACUCCUCAACCAAGUUCUUUUGGAAGCUCCUUUCAGCAAUCCCAACCAGCAUUUGGGAGCAACUUAUUUGGUUCGUCCCCUCCAUUUGGAGCACAAAGUCAACCCGCAUUUGGUGCUCCUAGCACCUCAGCAUUUGGCCCGUCCAGCACCCCUGCAUUUGGUGCCCCAACCACACCAUCAUUUGGAGGUUCAAGUACUCCAUCCUUUGGCACAACAGCAAGCACGAAUUUUGGUAGCACUGGUAGUCCAUUUGGCAUUUCAACUGCCCCUAUUUUUGGUUCAACCACACCUGCAUUUACUUCCAGUGCACCUGUGUUUGGAACCACUCCUACCUUUGGCACUACCCCCACUCCUGCCUUUGGCACUACAACCACUUCUCCCUUUGGCUCUACAACAACCCCGCCCUUUGGUAAUACGAGUACUCCUUUCAAUAUUGGAUCUACACCAGCCUUUGGCCAAUCAUUAUCUGCUUUUAGUAGCAGUCCUUUCAAUACAGCACCAACAUCCUUUGCCACUCAAAGUUCUGCAUUUGGUGUUUCAUCUUCAACUCCACCUUUCGGGGCUCCUGGUUUUGCAGGACAACCCCGGGGAACUAGAGUGGCUCCUUACCAACCUACGCCUGAGACAGAUAGCGGCUCAACAACUACUGGAAAGAUGGAGUCCAUUUCUGCAAUGCCAGUGUAUAAAGAGAAAAGCCAUGAGGAACUUAGAUUUGAGGACUACCAGUCGGGAGAUAAAGGAGGGCCUGCUCGAGCUCCACAGUCUAUUGGCGCAAACAGCCUUGGUCAGACAUCUUCCAAUCCAUUUUCAUCCACUUCACCUAAUCCAUUUGCCCCAAAACCUCCAUUUGGAGUCUCAACAACUACAGCAGCUAGUUCACCAUUUGGAACGACGGCUACACCGAAUCCAUUUGGGUCAACAUCAGUGACAACUCCAUUUGGUUCGAGUCCAUCACUUGUAUCGAAUACCCCUCCCAUCUUUGGAACAUCUCCUUUUGGACAAUCAACAUCAGCUCAAGCAACAACACCAACACUUGUUUCUAGCUUAGCUUUCAACACUCAGUCAACACCAUUAUUUCCGUCAACCACACCUUCACAUGGGCAGACAGGGAUAUUUGGACAGACUUCCUCAUCCAUUGGGCAGAGUACACCUUUUGGUCAAUCAAAUAUAUUUAGCACCCCAUCUACUAGUUUGGGUGGGAACUUAUUUACUAGCACUUCGUCAGUGCAAAACACAACAAAUCCUAUAGGAUUGGGUCAAACAACAUCCUCGUUUUCAACACUUUUUCAACCAGCUCAGACCCCUCAGAACAAUAUGUUUAAUAAUAUUGGCCAAACACAAGGAGCUGCUUCAAAUAGCUUUUUGGUGACAAAUAUGUUUGGCCAGAACAAUUUUCAGCCGCCAACCACUCAAAGCUCAUUGGUUUUACAACCAGCACCUGUGAGUAAUCCUUUUGGAACCUUGCCUGCGAUGCCACAAAUGUCAAUUGGCCGGACAGGCAAUUCUCCUUCUAUACAGUAUGGGAUCUCUAAUCUCCCAGUUAUUGACAAACCUGCUCCUGUCAGGAUAUCGUCAUUAUUGACAUCAAGACACCUUUCUCAGAGACGGUCCAGGUUGCAUGCAAGGAAUUAUCAUCCAAAACCCGAAUGGCAUAAGGUGGCAUUCUUUACUGACGAGGAAGAGACAACUAGCACACCAAAGGCAGAUGCUUUUUUUGUUCCCCGGGAAAAUCCAAGAGCUUUGGUAAUUCAUCCAUUGGAGACAUGGCCCUCCAGAGCAAGUCCGAGGAAACCAUUUUCUACAACAGAAGAGAACAGCAAAGUUGUUGAAGAUGCAUCUGCUCCUCUACCUAAUGGAGUCUCUAAGGGUGAUAAAGAAAAUGGUUUUACUGAAAACGGUAGCUCUAAGGAAACUAUCCCACCUCCUAAAGCUAACCAAAAACCCAACGGUGUCCAGAAGGGAGGCUCUUCGGUUACACUUAAUGGGCACCGCGCUGGUGAAGCUGCAAUUGUUUAUGAACAUGGGGCUGACAUUGAGGCAUUAAUGCCAAAGUUAAGGCACCCCGAUUACUAUACUGUGCCUCAGAUCCAAGAGCUGGCAGCCAAGGAAAGGGCCGAACCUGGAUUCAUCUGCCAUGUCAGCAAUUUUGUCGUGGGAAGGCACGGAUUUGGCUGCAUAAGAUUCAUAGGGGAGACCGAUGUGCGAAGGCUCGAUCUGGAGUCCAUUGUCCAAUUCAACAACCGAGAGGUGAUCGUUUACAUGGACGAGAGCAAGAAACCGCCCGUGGGACAAGGUCUCAACAAACCUGCUGAGGUCACACUCCUCAACAUAAAAUGUGUCGACAAGAAGACUGGUCAGAGCUACACCGAUGGGCCUAGAGUUGACAAGUACAAAGAGAUGCUCAAGAGAAAAGCAGAGGAUCAAGGUGCCGAGUUCGUGUCCUAUGACCCACUCAAAGGAGAAUGGAAGUUCAGGGUUAAACAUUUCAGCAAGUACUGUCUCCAAGAUGAUGAAUGAAUGAAUGAACGCCGAUGAUCAGAAGCCAGACGAAACCAACUACUACUACUCAUCAUCUUUCUAAGUUUGUGCAAAUAUUUUUCUUUUUUCUUUUUUUGGGUGUGUGCUUAAAGUUUAUAGUAGUAUUGUGUGUCUUUUUCUGUAUACGAGGGAUGUGUCUGUAUCAGCCACUUUCAUCUGCAGGCGUCACUUGAAAACUGUUAUAGAAAUUUGCUGGUUUUAUGGUCUGCUUUUGCUGGUCUCCUCUUAUGUGCCUCCAUCAAAGCAUCCCUAAAAACUCACCUUGUUAUUGAUUUUGUUCAAUGGCAUGUUUUAGAAUUUGUAUCUUAAAUCCGAGUUAGCUCAAAUUC